AUGGAUUUGGUUUCAGAUUUAGACCUUAUCCUGGCAUAUCACUGCUGCGACAGAAGUUCUGGAGUGACCAAGCAAGUCCUGGACCUUCACUUCACGCUGCGUACUCUCUUCACUACGUACUUCAAAGAUCGGAAAGUGGAAGAUGUGGAUCAGAUUAUGAAAAGCAUACUAAUGACACUUCUUGACACACGUUCACGAGACGGAUCAGCGAUCUGGUUCACUCACUUCAUGGAUCCAGAUCCGAAAGUAUUUAACUUCGGACAAGCUAUUAAGACUGUCCUCAUGUUGCUAGACCUGUGGCAGUACGAGCAGGGUACGUGGCCUGGCUUUGUCAUUGUAAUUGACUUCGAACACAUGAGUCUGGGACAUCUAGCCAAACUGGAUCUACAGAAUAUUCAACAAUUCUUGUACUAUCUACAGGAAGCUAUUUUAGUCAAACUGAAAGGGUUACACUUCAUCAACGCACCGUCCUUUAUAGACAAGAUACUGUUAAUGAUGAGGCCAUUUAUGAAAAAAGAGCUUAUGGAUAUCCUCUGCGUGCACCAAGUCGGUUCCAAGACGUUAGACAAAUACGUACCAAUGGAAGCGUUGCCAUCUGAUGCUGGAGGCAGUUCCAAGAAUGUGAAAGAGUAUCACGAAGCGGCAAUUGCAAAAAUGAACGCCAAUAAAGAAUACUUCAUACAGGAGAAUAAGAAACGAGCGGUAGAGGCACUUCGACCUGGCAAGCCUAAAACUAUAUCGGACAUCUUCGGUGGCGUAGAAGGAUCAUUUAAAAAACUUGACAUUGAUUGAAGCUAAUUUACAGUUAUAUGGGUGUCAUGGUAAACAUU